AUGUGGUUUGUAAAAGAAAAUGAAAAUAAAACAUCUAAAGGAUAUUACUUCACAAUGUGCUCUUUUUGUAAUCAUUACUGGGUUACUGCUAAACCGAGUAAACUUAAAACACAUCUUGCCUAUGAAUGUCAAAAAGUUGAUUCAGAUACUAGAAUUAAAGUUCUAGUAUUAUUAACAAAUGAUGAAUCAGAUAAUGAUACAGCUUCAACAUCAACUGCAACAAGUAAAAAACGAAAAUUAGAAUAUAGCAUUAAUAUUGAUAGUGAAUAUGAAAAUGUUCCUACUUUAUUGAAUAAGGAAGCUCAAAUUAACAAAAUAUUACUAAAAAUGAUUGUGUGUUGUAAUUUACCAUUUGCUCUUGUUGAGCAUCCAUUUUUUCAAGAAUAUAUCAAAGCCUUACUUAGGCAAAUUCUUGAUCAAGAAGAUAAUCUUACAAUCGCAUUCGAUGGAUGGACCAACCUUAUAGGCCAAUCUAUUUAUGAUUAUUGUAUAAUCACUGAAGAACAUAAAGAAUAUCUUUGGUCUUCAAACAAUUAUUCCAAUAUUUUUCAUCACACAGGUGAAUUCCUUGAUGAAGAAAUUAUUAAAGUCGUCGAAGAUAUUAGUCCUGAAAAAAUAGCUGCAAUUAAGUUACAAACACUGGCACUUCAUCUUUUUGCAAUAACUCCACAUAGUGCUUCUUGUAAGCAUUUUUUCUCAGUUCUGGGUUGGUUUUAUAAUCAAAGACAUACUAAUUUGACUACAGAAUGGGUAGAAACAAUGUGCAAAUUGCAUACAUUUUAUAUUACUAAUGCUAAACAAGAAUUAUCUUGUUAUGCAAUUGAUUUAUCUGAAAAUUUAUUGCAUAAUCAAUUAAUAGAAUCAGUUAUUACGAUUAAUAAUGAAACUGAUGAAAUUACUGAUUACAAUGUAGAUAAUAUUAGUACAGAAAUUAAUAAUGAAACUAAUGAAAUUAUUAAUUUUGAUAUAUCCAAGAU